AUGGCUUUCUCCUACGGAUGGCAUCUCGAGCCCCAUAGCGGCGCACAUCCUAGACUUCUGCGACGAUGGCAGCGGCGGCGACCUAUUCGCGGCCGUGAACACGGCCUCGGACAUGUUCACGGCGUCAUCAGAGGAUGCCUCGUCGUCGUCCGUAACGACGCCUCCCGCGCCCUGCGGCCACGGCGACAACGUGUCGUUGGGCGCCGCCGCGGCCACAGGCGCUGCCUCGGCCUUUCCCCGUUGCCGUCCCUGGACUCCACCCUCUCGGCUCUCCUCGAAGAAGAAGAUCCACCGGUUCCAGACACCGAACUCCUCCUCCCCAUCGACUACCAGUUCGCGGUGGCGGCGGCGGGAGAUGAGCCUCAGCCCGAGCAGCAGUUCGCUCAGGUACCGGUGGUGCUUCCAGUGGCCGGCGCGGCAGAACACCCGGGUCUGCAGACGCAGAUGAGCAGCACGGCGUCCGAGCUGCUGCACGUAGCGUCGUCAGGGUACACCGACGAGUGCUUCGCGGCAGCAAUGGCGGCCAGAGGAGGGUACGUGGGCCUGGACGAGGCCCUGUGCCAGCAGCAGCCGCCGCAGCCCGGCGCGUUGCUCCCUGCCAGCAUGAUGGAAACCGCCGCGCAGGGCUGCUACUUCGGCAAGGACACGGUGGCGAAAGCAGGCGGCGGCUUCUUCGGGACCGGUUGCAGCGGCAUGAUGAUGUCCAUGAUGGGGAUGGAGGAGAUCGGCGAGUACCAGCGGAUGAUGGAGAGCGCCAGCGCCGCGCUGGCCGCCACGCACAGCCCCGACGCGGACUCCGCCGCCGCGCCGCCGCGGCGCAGCAGAUGGCGUUCGGCGGCAACGCCGCCGGGGAAAUGCAGGUAG